ACUGCAUGAAUAACUGGAAAAAGGCAUCAGGCGCAUAUAAGAGAUGUGUGUGUGUCUGGUGUAGCGUGUGUGUGAUGUGUAUUCUAAGAAACAUGUACCUUCUCAACUCUGGAGACUCUGGACUCAGCUGGGCCUACAGCUUGCCACUGCCUGAAAUGGACAUAAACUCGUGCAGGGAGACUGCUUACAAAACUGUUUCCAAAGUAUACAUCAGAUAUGUUGGAGUACUAAGGAACCUUGAUGCUUGUUACGACCAAAUGUUGCAUCCACAAAAAAGAAUACUUGUCAGAAAAGUUCUGGAAGCAACUAUAGGGAGGAUAAUAGAACUUAAGCACGAGCUGGUCAACCUGGAUCUAAAUGAGUUUUCAAUGCUGGACGAUAUUCUCUCAGAUAUGAAGAUGACUCCAGAUAAACUAGAGAUUCCAAUACCAACCUACCUUUCACAGGAGAGGAUCGAGGAGGUGAACUACUGGUCUGGUUUACUUCUGGAAGUCAGGAAAAAGAUGGAUUCUCAUAGUCAGGCCAAGAAUGCUAAAACUAUGGAUAGGGUUGAAGCUAUCCGUCUACUCCAGGUGCAUGAGAGGGCACGACAAGGACGGCUACGCGCUAAGCUGAUGCAUGAUAUACGGAUCCAGCAGGAGGAGGAUAGGAAGAAUAAACCAAACUCUCUGCUUACUAUGACCGAAAUUAAAGCAGCUUGCAGGAUUCAAAGAAUAUGGCGGGGAUUUCUGGCCAGGAAGUUCGUUAAACAGAAAAGAGAAGAAGAGCUUACUUUCAUCGGUAUGAUACCGCCACCAGUUUAUCCUGUUGUCUUCCAAGAGAAACUUAAAGAGAUUUCUGCUUCAAGACGAGAAAAACAGAUGGAACAUGAAGCAAGUUACAAGAAAUCUCUCUUAGACAUUAAGGAGGAAAUAAGAGAUGCAGAGGGUCCUGAUCUCACAGAGAAAAUGAAAGACGACAUUAGAAAAUGGUUCUGGGAGGAAAAGGAUGAACAGGGACGGUUUCCAGAUUACCCCUCGGAUGACGAGGGAGGGUCUAAUGCGGUUUUUCAUCCUGAAAAUGUUUAUCAGAGCUCUGAGAUGGAUUUUGGGAAAAGAAAGGAGGAAAGAGGAAAAAAGGAGGAGAAAGGAAGAAAGGAGGAAAUUGAGGAAGAAGAAUUAGGAUUUAGACUCCAACCCUCCCAGUUCUUCACUAAUAUAAAGGCAGCUGAUGCAGAAUUCAAAGAUGUUUGGGUGAAUGGAAGACGAGCUGUACUUCAAUAUCCUGACCAUCCUUCUCUUGUUCAACUUGAACAGUUUUCUUUUGCAUCUUUUGAUACCUGGGCAGGACGGGACGAGAAGCACAAUAAUAAACAAGAAGCUGAUUCUUUAAUUCUAUCAAAUCUCAAGAGAAAAGAGGUUGAGGAUGAAACUAGAAGAGUUGUGGAUGCUAUUAUGAGAGAGGAACUAGAAAUCCUGAAGGCGGCGGUGGAAAGGGAUAAAGGAAAGAAAGGAAAGCUGAGUAAGAAGAGGAAGAAAGGGAAGAAAGGACAGAAGAAAGGGAAGAAAAAGAAGGACAAGGAUCUGACUCCAGACAGGACAACGGAAUCAUUAUUCGAGGAACUGGUUAUGAACGGUAUAAUAAAACAAUAUCCUAAGGUUCACUUGAACCAGUUCCUUGGAGAAAUAUCCUACAGCGGGGGAGAUUUCAGGAAAGCUGGGAAGGAACCUAUACCUGGUCCAGCAGAUAUCCGGAGAACAAUAUCAGAAUACUGCAUUCUACCCUUAGUAACUGCAGAACUAAGGGAGAAUACACCAUCAGUAAAAUCUGUCCUUCUAGCAGGAGCUGAGGGUUGUGGGAAAAGUAUGCUGGUCCAGGCUGUCUGUACGGAGUUAAACGCAACCCUGUUUGAUCUGACCGCCACCAACAUUGUUGGAAAAUAUCCCGGGAAAUCAGGGUUAAACAUGCUCGUCCAUCUUGUUUCCAAGGUUGGAAGAUUACUGCAACCCUCCGUGAUUUUCAUUGAUCAAGCGGAGAAAACUUUCCUAAAGAAGGUUUCAAAGACGGAUAAAAGUGAUCCUAAAAGAUUGAAGAAAGAUCUUCCAAAGCUUGUGAAAUCUAUAGGUCUUGAAGAUCAGGUAAUCCUGAUUGGAUGUUCCCGUUGUCCCUGGGAGUGUGACCAGAAAGGUUUAACCCAAACCUAUCAAAAAAUGCUUUAUUUACCUAAACCUGACUACUCCUACAGAUAUAAUCUAUGGAAAGAACUAAUUCUACGAUCUGAUGGAGAUAUUCUACAUUCACAGUUUGAUCUGAGUACACUAGCAAAGAUAUCAGACGGCUGGACAAGCGGAGCAAUAUCCAGGAGCGUAACAGAAACUCUAACAGAGAAAAGGGUUUUGCAGCAGAAAUUUAAAGAGCUCCAGGCCGUAGAAUUUAUUGCAGCCCUGGCUAAGUCUGAACCUGUUUAUAGGGAGGAGGAGGAUGCAUUUGUAUCUUGGUAUAGUAAAACUCCGAUGGGAAAGAAGAAAUCCAAACUAUUGGAGGGAGAUGAGGAGGAGAAGGAGAAGGGAAGAGAGAAAGGAAAAAAGAAAUAAAAUAAUAAAUGUUUUGUAAAUUAUAUUUUCUACCGGGUACAACAGGAAUCUGACAUUUUCUCGGGAAGUCUCUGUGAAUCUUGCCAAUCGAUGAUUUUUUCCAGUAAUUUGAUAUACCUAAAUUAUACAACUGUUAAAUAAAGUGUAGAUAAUAAAUAAAUCUUAUCCACUGCGAACCACAUGCUCUCGUGUAAAAAUUAAUCAGUAUUUUGCCAAUAAAUUCUAAAACAAGAA